AUGUGUUGUUGUUUGACAAAGCCUUGUCCACGUCAAUAUCAACCACCGCUUCAGUUCCGCGAUUUUGAAGUCGAUCGAGACAAAAUUGUACGCGGUAAACUGCUUGGUCAGGGUGUAUUCGGCGAAGUCUACGAAGGCACAUGGAAUGAUCAGUUGAAAGUAGCUGUCAAAUAUCACCUGGCCAACGUGGAUAGGGAAGCAUUCAUUGCCGAAGCAAAGGUUAUGCAUAGAUUAUAUCACACACGUCUGGUUCAGUUGAUGGGUGUGUGCACGGAACCAGUCGACCAGCCAAUCAUGAUUAUCCUAGAGCUGAUGCCCAAAGGUUCUUUGCUCCACAGGAAAGGUGUGUGUAGUUCGUACGCGUCCCCUUGGUUGGUUUGGAUUCAGGGUUCCUGGCCAACUCCCCUAGGUGAACUACCAGUGGUCCACCANUUGUCGAAUCAACCGAAGUUUUCAAGUAUCUUGGCUCUACGAUAA